AUGGGAGCCAGCGGGACCCUGUGGUGCCGUUUGGGAGCCCAGAUCCCUGCGGUGCCAUUUGGGAGCCCGGGACCCUGCGUGGUGCUCGGGGCCGCUCCCGUUGCCCUCGCGCGCCCAACUCGUGCCCGUCCUCACGGGCGCGCUCUGUCUCGGGCCGCAGCGGUGCACGAGAAAGCCUUCAUCGUGUUCAUCGCCUCGGCGCUGGGCCACAUGCUGCUCACCUGCGUGCUGUGGCGCAUGACCAAGAAGCACACAGUAAGUCCCGAGGAGCGCAAGUCCUACAAGUGGAAGCAGCUGCUCUUCUUCUUCACCUUCAUCACCUUCGCCUUCGCCGUCUGCGUCUACUUCCACCACAACUGGUACUGCGGCCCCGGAGUAUACACGGUGUUCGCGCUGCUCGAGUACCUGGUGGUGCUGGCCAACAUGGCCUUCCACAUGACGGCCUGCUGGGACUUCGGCAACAAGGAGCUGCUCGUGAGCUCCCUGCCGCAGGACAAGCGCUUCUAGAGCCGCGGGGUCCCGGGAGCGCCACGCUCGGGGCGUCCCGCGUGCCCCGGGGCGCU